CCUCAGGACAACUCCAUCUUGCAACCAGCCGUCCGUGCUUCCACUGAUCCCACAGCUCCACCAACCAAUCCAUUCAGCUCAAAACGAUCCAAGCCAGACGCCAAGAAAUGGGCUCGUUGCCGGAGCAGCAGCAGCAGCAGGUCGUCUUCCGCUCCACGCUGCCGGACAUCGCCAUCCCGGACCACCUCCCGCUCCACGACUACGUCUUCGAGCGCCUGGCCGAGCGCCGCGACCGCGCCUGCCUCAUCGACGGCGCCACGGGCGAGACGCUCACUGUCGGCGACGUGCACCGCCUCUCCCGGCGCGUGGCCGCCGGGUUGCAUGCCCUCGGCGUCCGCCACGGCAGCACCGUGAUGCUGCUCCUCCCCAACUGCGUCGAGUUCGCGCUGGCCUUCCUCGCCGCGUCCCGCCUCGGCGCCGCCACCACCACGGCGAACCCGCUCCACACCCCGCCCGAGAUCGCCAAGCAGGCCGCGGCGUCCCGCGCCACCGUCGUGGUGACCGAGCCGGCGUUCGUCGCCAAGGCGCGGGGCCUCGCGGGCGUCACCGUCAUCGUCGCCACGGGCGACGGCGCCGAGGGCUGCGCCUCGUUCGCCGACCUGGCCGCCGCCGAUGACUCGGCGCUGCACGAGGCGCCCAUCGACGUGGCCGGCGACGUGGUGGCGCUGCCCUACUCGUCGGGCACCACGGGGCUCCCCAAGGGCGUCAUGCUGUCGCACCGCGGGCUGGUCACCAGCGUCGCGCAGCUCGUCGACGGCGACAACCCCAACCUCCACCUCCGGGAGGACGACGUGGUGCUCUGCGUGCUCCCCAUGUUCCACGUCUACUCGCUGCACUCCAUCCUGCUCUGCGGGCUGCGCGCCGGCGCCGCCCUCGUCGUCAUGAAGCGCUUCGACACGGUCAAGAUGAUGGAGCUGGUGGAGCGCCACGGCAUCACCAUCGCGCCGCUCGUGCCGCCCAUCGUCGUCGAGAUGGCCAAGGGCGACGCCAUGGACCGCCACGACCUCUCCUCCGUCCGCAUGGUCAUCUCCGGCGCCGCGCCCAUGGGCAAGGAGCUGCAGGACAUCAUCCACGCCAAGCUCCCCAAUGCCGUGCUCGGACAGGGCUAUGGGAUGACAGAGGCAGGUCCGGUGCUGUCGAUGUGCAUGGCGUUCGCCAAGGAGCCGUCGCCGGUGAAGUCAGGCGCAUGCGGCACGGUGGUAAGGAACGCGGAGCUCAAGAUCGUCGACCCGGAGACCGGGCUGUGCCUCGGGCGCAACCAGCCCGGGGAGAUCUGCAUCAGGGGAAGGCAGAUCAUGAAGGGGUACCUCGACAACCCGGAGGCUACGGCGGAGACCGUGGACAAGGACGGGUGGCUGCACACCGGCGACGUCGGGUUCGUGGACGACGACGACGAGAUCUUCAUCGUGGACCGGCUCAAGGAGCUCAUCAAGUACAAGGGGUUCCAGGUCGCCCCCGCCGAGCUCGAGGCCAUGCUCAUCGCCCACCCCGGCAUCGCCGACGCCGCCGUCGUCCCGAUGAAGGAUGAUGCCAGCGGCGAGGUGCCAGUGGCGUUCGUAGUGCCGUCGUCUUCGGAGGGUGCCGACAUGACCGAGGACGAGAUCAAGCAGUACGUGGCGAAGCAGGUGGUGUUCUACAAGAGGCUGCAGAAGGUCUUCUUCGUGAGCUCCAUCCCCAAGGCGCCGUCCGGGAAGAUCCUGAGGAAGGACCUGCGAGCAAAGCUGGCCGCCGGAGCGUGCUGAUGGUGGUUGAUUAUUUGUGCAUGCGAAAUACUACUAUAUACUCGGUUCGUUUUUUUUGUUUUGUUCUCGUGAUGCUAAUUAAAAUACCACGAAAAGAGUGUGAGAUCAAUCAGUCGCCAAUGUACAAGGCAUACUGAGUGUGGGCAAGGAGUUCUGGAUACACUCCAGAUAAUGUAUUCGCACUUCUGCACUUGUAUAUCAGUGAACUGGAAGAGACAAUAUACUUACUUUUUUGGAAUUACCAUUGCGACGUCGUGGCAAGUUCGGUAAAAUUUUGUUCCAAAAUGCUGUACAUCCGUAUAUGCUGGCAUGGGGUAUGUUCAUCAUUAUCCGUGGUUAAAAUCAUAGAAAAGCGUAGUGUGCCUGAAUUAUAAAUGAGAAAAAAAGACGAUCUGGAAAAAUCCCAUCUGCAGAGUCGUGGAUUUUUAUUUUUUUUGCCGGUUCAGACCUUUUGUAACUGGAAACAGCAGAAACAUGCUAGUUCUAUCUCUGGAGAACAGGGCGAAUUUAUCAGAGCUGGAAGAAAAAUACAUUUUCUUCUUUGGUCUAUGUUAAGGAUAACACAGUACAUCAGAUUCUGAAUAAUGUAGCUGAUUGACCAGGGCUGUCUACAUGGAUUCGCAGAAGAUGAGAACCACAAAGGAAAUAUCAGAAAUCUUAAUGUCAUCACACCUUCAGCAGUUUCAGAUGAAUAAAAAUCAAAUCUUUUAGGCAUCUAGCAACAGUUCAUCAUCAACUCUUGUAGGCACUCAGGAACC